AUGGUGGUCCUCAACUUCACGCUGACACCCCAGGCGGCAUCCAAGCUCCACGAUCUGCUCGUCUGCCUCGGAAAAUUUAGCGACACAGUCGCGGUCGAAGCGCGUCGAGAAAAAUUCACAUUCACGGCUCUCAACUCGUCAAAAUCCGCCUAUGCUGCCGUCACCCUCGACGGCAAACUUUUCUUUACCAAGUAUGAGUGCAUUCCAAGCAGUGGCGGGCCUGAUGGCCGCUUCACGUGUAGCAUGUACACCAAAGCCCUCUUAUCAGUCUUCAAGGGGCGACUGUAUGAUCCGCUGGGUCGAGAUGGCGCCAUUGAUCGUUGCGAGGUCAGCGUACAAGAGCGGGAGAACGAGACGCAAUGUCGGUUCAUCGUGAAGAUGGUGUGCAAUCAAGGCGUCAUCAAGACAUACAAAUUGACCUACGAAGCUGUCGACGUUAUGCACGCGCUUUUCGAUCGCAGUGUUGCAAAGAACUAUUGGAGUAUGAGUUCUGGGGUAAUCAAGGAGUAUAUUGAGUAUUUCGGUACAAAGACGGAGAUGCUUGACAUCUUUGCUGGAGAAGACGGACGAUGUGUCUUCAAAAGCUAUACUGAGAAAAUCUCGAACGGGAAAGAAAUCUUAAAGCAUCCGCUCGUUACAGCGGUCGCGGUCAGCACGUCUGAUUUCGAGCAAUUCACCGUGCAAGCAGGGACACACAUCGUCAUCAGCGUCAAAGACUUCAAGGCCAUUGUCGUCCAUGCGGAUACGCUCAAGACGAGUCUGAAAGCAUACUACUCGCAACCGACACGGCCCUUGCAAUUCAGCUACGGAUGCGACGGCCUACUCUGCGAAUUCACGUUGAUGACAUCAGGCGACUACACGGGCGCUCCGCUGACGUCGACGCCAGCACCGCAAACGCUUGGUAGCAGAGGAGCCUCGCGUGCACCAUUAACGGUCACAGAUCGUACUAGUAUACGAUCCGAUAUGCCCCCACCGACCGAACCAGCAUCCCGACGUGACCGCUCAGGGCGAUUACGAAAUCCCGGAUCACGGCAGAGUUCAUCGGCAGCGCAGGAAGAUCCUGAAAGCCUCUUCAUCCCAGACGCCCAAGACGCAAGAAGGCGAGAAGACGACGAGGAGUCGGCAUGGGCGCCGUUGGACUACGAAAAAGAGGAGACGUUGGGUUGGGACGCGAGUGCUGAUCACGACGCAUCAGUCUUUCCAACGUUUCGAGAUAGUGGAAGCAUGUCGACAACAAAUAUGUCGGACAGCAACGAGGUAUUUGAGCCGACGCAGCGGGUGUCGCAAAUCAAGGGGCUGUGGUAG